AUGGCGCGUCCGACUGGCCUCAUUGCCACAAAGGGCAUCGAGCUCUUGACCUGGGGCACACCCAAUGGCAUCAAGGCCAGCAUCCUGCUCGAGGAGCUCAAGGAGGCGUAUGGGCUUGAGUACACGUACCAGGGCAUCAACAUCUCGCAGAACAUCCAGAAGGAGCCGUGGUUCACUGCCAUCAACCCCAAUGGCCGCAUCCCUGCCAUUGUGGACCACAACAACAACGACCUGGCCGUCUUCGAGGGCAACGCCAUCCUCGGGUACUUGGCACGGCGCUAUGACACCAAGAACCUCUUUUCCUUCCCCGUUGACUCGGACGACUACACACGCGCCGACUCGUGGAUCGGCUGGCAGCACGGAGGCAUUGGCCCCAUGCAGGGCCAGGCGAACCACUUUGUUCGCUUUACCAAGGAGAAGAUCCCCUACGCCAUCCAGCGCUACGUUGGCGAGACCGAACGCCUCUACGGCAUCCUCGACUCCCGGCUGGCCGACCGUGACUACGUCGUUGGGCCGGGGCGCGGCAAGUACAGCAUCGCAGACAUUGCCCUGGUUGGCUGGGUCAACGGCCUCCCUUUUAUCAGUGUCUCUCACGACCAGUUUCCCAACGUAAAGGCCUGGCUGCUCCGGCUUUGGGCCCGUCCUGCCGUGCAGAGAGGCUUCCAUAUCCCUUCGCCCCCCUUCUUUGACCCGAGACAAGGCCUGAAUGCCGAACAGGCUGCUAGGAUCGCCGAGGACAAGAAGAUUGUCGAUGCCGCCAAGGAACAGUAUGGGUACAAGUACCAGUCUCCAUAG